AUGCGCUUGGAGUUGUUGGUUGUGUUAUUGGUGGGGCUGGCUGCACUUUCGCCGUCAUGUUCUACAUGCUGUAAUACUGAACCACCCAGAUGCAAUACCGAACCACCCAGAUGCAAUACCGAACCACCCAGAUGCAAUACCGAACCACCCAGAUGCAAUACCGAACCACCCACAUGCAAUACCGAACCACCCACAUGCAAUACCGAACCACCCACAUGCAACACCGAACCACCCACAUGCAACACCGAACCACCCACAUGCAAUACCGAACCACCCACAUGUAAUACCGAACCACCCACAUGCAACACCGAACCACCCACAUGCAACACCGAACCACCCACAUGCAACACCGAACCACCCACAUGUAAUACCGAACCACCCACAUGCAACACCGAACCACCCACAUGCAACACCGAACCACCCACAUGCAACACCGAACCACCCACAUGCAAUACCGAACCACCCACAUGCAACACCGAACCACCCACAUAGCAUACUCCUAAAUCGCAUUGUACGAAACGCAUCAAGCGACGGCGCACAAAAAGAACCAAGCGUCGUCGAUCGAAAUCCAGCAAAAAGAUAGUACAUCAUCAUCACCGUCCGGGAACGAAACCAGCACCGGGAUGUGGCUGUGGAUCGAAGAAUGAGUCGGGAGGUGGAGGAAGCGGGUGUAUUUUGAAGGACCUGCUAACACCGAAGUGCCCCAAUUCCGAGCCGAAGCCUCAAGCCCCGUGCAAGCCUGUACCCAAGUGUAAGCCCGAACCGAAACCAAAAGCCCCACCGAAAACUCCGUGCGAUACACCCAAGAAGAACCCCAACAAGAAACCACGGAAGACCCAGCCACAAAACGGUGGUUGCUAAGCAGCAAACUUGUUCCAAAUACCGUUGAAUAUGAAUAAAAUCGUUACCUUUUUUUUGAACAUUA